GAUCCAGUGAAGAACACUCGUGUUCUACAUUGACUACAACUUGCUGAAGACCUCUGAGCUCCCCGAUUAAUUUGCAAGGCUGUUAGCAUCGAUCACAGGCGUACUUAUAUAUAUGUGCAUUCCCUUCAUUUCUAUACGUGCAUAUAUUUUGUGUCUUUUUUAUGCCUGCUGAGCGAUAUAUCGAUAGACAUCGUAGCCUGGGUGCAGUAUCAGCACGGGAGCUGUCCAUACAGCGCGUGUAUCUACAACAUACUUCAACCCAGCAAAACGACGGCAUCAUUACUUAUUAUUUUCAUUGCAGUUUUUAAUUUAUUCUCUUUUGAUAAAUUUUUGGGCUGCCACGGAAAAAACAUAUGAUUAUAUUUACAAGGCGACUGAAACCUUGAAAUGCUGUGGAGACGUCUGUAAGAAGGAGAGAAGAAACCACAAGUCAAGUAGUACGGUGUGAACUAUUCACAGUCAUGGGUGUCCUGAUGUCGAAAAAGCAGCAGGUGGAUAAGGUGCAGAAGUGCAGUGCUGUGGUUUCCGCUUUCAAAGAGGGUUUGAAGGAGCGCCCUCUCCCAGCUCACCGGGCCCAGAACACUGCAGAACCCGAGGAGGAUCCUGUUGAGUGCUCUGCUGAAACCGCAUCCUCAGGGAAGGGGCGGGAGGAGGGGCAACUGCCGGAACAGGGCAAAAAGGUCUCCGCUUCCCUGGAGAAGGAAGGCGACUCUAAAGUGAACCAGGAGGCGUGGUCCCGGCUGCGUGAUGGAAAGGGGGUGGAGCCUGAAGAUCUCAACAAGGCGGCUCAUCAACUCACCCCUCCGGCAUUUGAUCGUCCCAAGAGAGAAACUAAUGACGAUGAACCUGUGGAAAUUGUACUGGAUCAGAGAGAGCAGCCGGCCAAUGACGAGAUGUGCGAAAUCUGUGAGGUGUGGACGGCAGAUGACUUGUUCCCCUGCCGGAUAUGCACGCGAGUGUUCCAUGAUGGCUGCCUGCAGGAGAUGGGCUAUCUUUGCAAGGACAGCCUACAGCAGAUGAGGGACACUGCCCACACUUCCACAGGCUGGAGCUGCUAUUAUUGCGACAAUGUGAACCUACUUCUUACUGAGGAAGAGAUGUAUAGUCUCACAGAGACCUUCAAGCAGUGCAAGAUCAUUCCAGAAUCCUGCUUGGGGUCUGAGGAAUUCCUCCAGUACAAGCACUUUGUGUCCAAGCAGCUCUCUGAACGAGACCUGGCUGAUGACCAGGAGGAGGAGGUUCUGGCCCAGUUCUCUGUUCUGGACCCUGAACAGAAGGGACAGAUGGAGUGGACUGACUUCCUGUACCAUGAAUCUCUGGGAGUGCUCAAUAAAUUCCGCUCUAAGAAUUCUCUUGUACGACUGCUGACCGCAAAAGAAAGGGACCGGGCACGCUCGGUGUACUUGAGUUUAAAUCAAGACAAUGAUGGUCUUGUUCUUAGUGGGGAGGUGCGGAGAUCCCAACAGUCGUGGUUCCAGAAACAUACCAAAGAAGCGCAGUCCUGCAAUGUCAGACUCAUGGGACUGUGUUCCACAAUAACAAAUCUAAGCAUCAGCCAUGUUGGGCCGAUAUCGGAGAGCAGCCCCGCAAGUUCCGGAAGCAACAAAAGUCGCGAGAAGAGUCCAAUUUCAUCUGGGAAGGAUGACAAAAGGCAAAUGAACUGGCAGGAGUUCUUGAUGGAGAGCGCCAUCUACAUUUUGGCCGCCCGCCCAAACAGUGCUGCAGUGCAUCUCCGCCCCCCACUAUAGCCCUAUAACAGAACAUCUCUAGUCCUUGGGGUGAAAGAGAGACAGGGAGAGAGAGACAGAGAGAGAGAGAGAGAGAAGAUGAUGAUGCUCUGCAGAUUGAUGAGAAAGAUUAGAAAACAAGCUUGAGGCUUUUCCUCUCAAGGGGAUGCUAAAGUCCAUCCAAAGACCUUUUGAGCUGCCUGCAAUUAGUUCUUGUACCAAACAGAAAUAAAUUACAUUGAUAUGUUGCAUUUAUCCUCAAUUUCGUACCCCGAGCAAGAAAAGCAGCUCUCCUUAAAAUAUUUGAAAAUAACACGCUUAAUGUCCUGAAAAUGUUAUCUAAACACUUGAUUGGCAGUGAACUCUGCACAUCUCCCUAACAAAACACGAUGCACUGAAAACUUCUGUAAUGCAGCGAAAGUUGUCAAGACUUACAUUCUGUAAUACUGUACAAGCACACUGCAAUGCUGGCCGGAAUAACUGCUGGAAAGGUGGGUGGAUGGAUGGAUUAAAGCACAAAAUUUAAACUAACAAUAUAACCUAUGGAUGUUCUUAUUGAAAGGGAUGAAAAGUAAUUAUACCGAUGUUUUAAGUUUUGCAAAAUUAAAAAAUAAUGCAAAAUGCAUCCCUGUAUGGCAGUUUUCUUCUAUGAAAGAUAUAAAUGCAUAAAUGAUAUAAAAGACUCAGUACUUUAGACUGAACGAUAUACUGUAGUCAUCAUGUUUUUCCAAUGAAAUGUGGAAUUUCAGUUGUAUUACUUAGUUAUAUAAUUUUUUCUUACCUUUUCAUAAACUAUCAUAGCUGUAAUGUUUAGAUCAUGUUGCACUUAAAAUGGGUGAUUUACAUCAUUUUUAUUUUAAUUAGUGCUGUUGAUUUUAGUAUUCAGUUUAUUUAUAUAAUUUACAUGGAUCUUCCUAAACCAUGUUUGCCUAAAGAGUUUAAGCACAUGAUGCUGGAAAAUACCCAAAUGAAACAUUUUGUCAAAAACAUCAAGAAGUUGUACUUGUAAUACUUGUAUAAUCAUGCCUUGUAAAUUUACUGUAAUUGUAUUAUUAGUAGUAGUGCUAUUAAUAGUAAGACUCUGGCUUCUUAAACUAUACCUGAAGUGGUUUGGAAGAAGUUUCUGUUAUUUCUUUGUUACCUGAGGACAAUUGUAAAGCCGUUACAGCUGAACCGUUUCACAAACCUUGAAAUAAUGAAUUCCAAACAGUUUUGAAGAGAUUAUGAACUAGAGGAGGGAGGUUGUGUAACUGAACAAGAUAAACUGUGACACAAGCCAUGUAACACGACUGUUUUACCAAAGAGUGAGAUCAGAAUGCAGCACCCCCAUCACAAAGAGGACAGAGAGAAGGACAGGCCUGGGUAUACUAGGAAAAGGGCCAAUUUGAAGCUUGAUGCUCUUCUGUAAGGUCUCUCAAUGCGGGAUUCAAGGCCAAAGACAUGCCAACUGUGGUGAACAUGGCGGAUUAAAGAAAUCUUCAUGUUGCUCCUUUCAGACAUAAUUAAGAAUAUGGUGUUUGUUAGUCUAUUAAGACCUGUACACCCUAGCAGAGACUGAAAUGCUAAAGACAUUUGUACUGGGGGGCAAGCAGAAGUAUUAAUAGUAGCAUACUCCCUUGGAAUCAUGGGUAUAGUUACAUACAGUAUUGACCACACUGGCAAGUAAACGUGCUGAAAAUGCACAUAGUAAAUCAGAACUUAGCACUUUGCUGCAGCCAGCAGUGAGAAAUACAAGGAAUAAAUAAAGGUUGAUAAAGUAUUAAAAACACUGGUUACUCCGCAGCGGUCUUUAGGGUUGAUUACAGAUUAUGUAUUUAAUGAAAAGCCCUCUUGGCCUCAGUUUUCUUAUGACACAAAAUAUACUAAAUCAUUCUGAUCUUUUCAUCUCAAAUUGUUGCUCUGUAUCAUUCUCAUCAACUGGUUGUUCAUGAUAUUUUAUUGUCACAGUGAAUUAAAAUAAUAUCUGGCAAAAUUAUCUUAUUAACCCUCACUAAAAAAGAAUGGUCUGCUGUUUGUCCAUCCAUCUAUCCAUCCAUCCAUGAUCCCAUCCGUUCAUCGAUCAAUUCCAUUUUGUUUUAAAAUCCUAAUUUAAUUCAGGGAUACAGUAACACUGGAUCAUAGUGAAUAAGAAUUAUGUUAUCAAGUGCUGUAGACUGUUGGGAAACAGAAAUAUAAUACCUGCAAAAUACCAGCCACAUUAUAUGGACCUUCUCAUCAUUAUGACUGUCUGUACUCAGAUCAGUUUCAAGGAUCCAGUGAUACUUCUGGAUUAAUUCUGGAGACGUAUCAAGACAAAUGAGUUUUUCCUAAGCUAUGGUGGACUAGGUACUGCAAGUAAAAGUGGAAGCUGCUCGAUUUUACAUUAAUUAAUUAAUUAAUUACUUUUCAGACAUGGGUGAAUCCACCUAAACCAUUUCUUAUUCAACAUAGGAGGAAAGCAAGCGCUUGGCGAAAACCCCCGUGAACAUGGGGAGAGGAUGCAACCUUGGGAUGAGUGGGGGGCACUGUACUGGAUAUGUAUUUGGGGAAUGAAUGGCUGUUACAUUUAUUGUGCUUCUGCACGUAAUAUUUUAGUGCACAAUUAAAACUAAUCUGACAAUGAUGUUUCAGGCUUUGGAGUAUUUAAGAAAGUAACAACAAUUUGUAUCCUGGCUUGCAUGCUACAGUAACAUUGCUCCUACUGCACAGCUGCUCACAUUUUAUGGUAACCAGUUUGUGCUGCUCCUAGACUGCAGAGCAGCCUGUAUUGCAUAAAGGAAAAAAAAAGGUAAUCAUCUUGGCAUGUACAUACAGGAAGCAACCAGGGGUAGCUUAUCCAGUACAUGGUCAUGGGGGGAGACCUGGAGCCUAUCCCAGGCAGCACAUGGUGCAAGGCAUGGCAACACACACACACUGGGUAACUCACCUGAGGAAACAGGAGUACUCGGCAUAUACAGCGAGGAGUGAGAUAUUAAUUAGUACUACCUAUCGCACCACCCCCAGCCAAUAUGUUAUUUUUCAUUUGCAGCUUAUUGCUAGGCGAUAUAUCUCAUCACUGAUACCUUACUAUGUUGUGUGGUGAAAGAAGAGAAUAAAAACAGUAGCCUUCAACAAUUAAUAUACCUCACUUAAUGACAAUACUCUGCACUUAUUAUGAGCAAUUACUUUAAGAUGAGUUAAGACAAGAUUUAUACCACUACUGCCACUCCUAAUAAUAAUACAGUUAUAAUUAAAUGUUAUUUGUAUGGUCUGCAAAUAUUGGAUCGGUGGUGAAGGAGGAUGAAUCAAUGGAUGGAUGAAAAUUGCAAGCUCAAUACCAGAACACUUGCUUCUGCAUCCAUUAUCAUAGUACUUAUCCUGAAUUGUUUCUAUUAAUAGCUAAGCAUAUAGAUCUAUAGAAAGUAAAAGAUAUUGACACAUUGUAACAGCCCAUAUUGGAAUAUAAUCUAAAAGGUGUCGACCAAAUGAUAUUUUCUGACAUCACACUUACA